GUUCGUGCAAAUCGCCAACAAAGUGAGCACCGACUAAAUGACUUCAUCGAAUUUAUCAAGCGUACCUCCAACCACUCGUUUUUGAGACAUUGUCGAGGCAAACAGUUGCUAGCCAUUGAGGCGUCUCGGCCGAAUACUAAACAUUUCAGACAAAACAUACGGAACAAUGUCGAAUUGGUUACCAGCAGGCCACAUGUACGUAAUGCUACAUCUCUAAUAGAGCUAACUAAAGGAGAACAGAAAUCCGUGAAACUUUUAGAGGACAAGAAGUAUAAAGAGAUAUUAGCGAAAAGGCCGGGUGAAAAAGAACAGAUAGUGCAGCCUAUCCGAGAUUCAGAAGCUGACAGUGCGUCUUCCGAAUCUGCAUCUUCCGAGGAAAUUCAAAAGAGAGCAAAACCAGCUCUACCUCUUAUACAAACCGGAUUUUCAAACUCAUUUUCCACAAGUGUGACUAGCGAAUCUACAUCACCAUCAUCCUAUACAGUCUCUUUAGGAACAACCAUCUUGACAUCAGCUGGCACCAACUCCAGCAAAACCCACAAGAGUAACAUUUCAUCUAGUAAAUCGACGUCUACGCUGGACUCCUUAAAAAGUUCAAAGGCCAGCUCCACAGGAUCCAGGUUGUUACUGGUCAACAUAGGUCACAAUGAUGAAUGCGAAGCGAAAGGUUUGACGAAGAUCACCCAAAAAGAAAUCGGCACCACCAAAAUGACUAAAGCUGAAAUUACAAAUCCUGGUGCUAAGAGUGAUUUUAGACAGGAUCAAUAUAAGAACAAACCCACUUUCCACAUUACGGAACCGUCUAGGCUAAAUACAACGUGGCGCCAUUUGUGA